AUCGACUUACAAGUUAAAGGCUGUUUGCUUAGGCUUUUGAGGCAUUAAAGAUUGAAUCGAGUUGUUGCUUUUUUGUUCUCCAUCACAGAAGUGAAGCAUAGACGCGCGAUGGAAGAAUUAACAAAUUACGAGCGGCAGCGGCACAAUAAAAAGUUGGCGUUCAUUUGCAUCUGGAUUAUCAUAGCCACCGCACUUUAUUGUAUUUUUGCUCAAAUGGUUCAGACGAAGCGCGACAACCGGAAAUUUGAGAUCAUUAGCGGUGUCGAACCAGUACUCAACUGGACUCUCAAAACUGCACACAUAAGUAGUGCGGAAUCAGACUUUAACGUGAAAAUUGUCGACGAAAAAUCAAGUGACCCUGGAAUUCAUUUCUUGUCCGAUGAAUUCAUACAGAAAAUUAACUCAAUGGCCGUUUCGUGGAAGGCUGGCCGCAACUUCCCUGCCUCGGCUUCCCGCGAGAGCUUGAAAAGACUGCUUGGUGCCAAGCGAAGAGAUCGCAGGGAUGUUCGACUUGCCAUUAAAACUUACCCCAACACAAGCUCGUCGGAUUUGCCUGAAAAUUUCGAUGGACGGGAGCAAUGGCCUGACUGUCCAUCACUCCGGGAGAUCCGUAAUCAAGGCUGCUGUGGAUCCUGCUGGGUUUUCGGAGCUGUUGAAGUUAUGACGGAUCGCCAGUGCAUUCUAAAGAAAACUCAAUUCCGCUAUUCCGCUGAAGAACCUCUGUUGUGCAUUGAGUUUACGGAAGAUUAUUGUAGCGGAGGGUUUCCCGAAGAUGUCUAUCACUACUGGAUUAAAUCUGGCAUAGUUUCGGGAGGAUCGUUCAAUUCUACCGCGGGAUGCCAACCUUACGAAAUCGACCCGGUUUGUCCACCCGAUAACAGUAACAAACAAGUAUCAGAUUUGUCAUGCGAAAAAUCGUGCCAAAAAAACUAUUUCGUUAGCUUUACGGAGGACAAGCAUUUUGGGUCUGAAUCGUACGCUCUUGACGAGGAUAAAGAUAUCAUGAGAGAAUUGUUCGAAAAAGGCCCCAUCACCGUCGCCUUUGAGGUCUACGAAGACUUCUUCAACUACAAGUCCGGCGUUUACAAACAUGUCUCGGGGAGCUACGCUGGCGGUCAUGCCGUCAAAUGUUUAGGUUAUGGAGUACAAGAUGUACUGCCGUACUACUUGUGUGCUAACUCUUGGGACUACGACUGGGGAGACGGGGGAUUCUUCAAAAUUGCUAUGAGUGAAAUCGAAUAUGUCUGGUUGUGA